AAAUUGUCUGUUCAGAUUAAACAAGCAAAGGAUUAGACUUCAUAAACAAAACCCAAGAAAUGCUGGGCAGUCUAGACAUAUAGGCACCAUUAAGACAUUACUCUUCAAUGUAGCAGUAAUGUUUACAUCUGACUAUUUCAAAGACACAAAUGCAGGGGGAAAGUAUGUGUGCGUGUACUGUAUACCUGUUGCAACUGCAAUUUACUGGGCAACUCAAUAAGCGAAAGAACAUAUCUAAUUGUCAAUGCAUGAUUUCCAAUUCUGAUUUAUAGACUGUACUGUGCAUAUCUAAUACACAGUUUACAUAAUUGCAUUUUAUGGUGAAAUUAUGUAAGGUUAACCUGUCAUAUCAACAUGCCAUGGCAUCAUAGUUCCUGAUAUAUCUGCUUGUCAAGACCAAUGUCCAUGUACUGAAAGUGAAAUCUGAUGUAUGGCCUUCAGUCUCUGGAGAUAUGAUAGGCCUAUUGCCUUUCUCUUGCGAAACACCCCAUGGCAGAUACAACUACAAGCGGGUUGACCCCCCUUCUCACCAAAGAAACAUGGUAAUCUCUUGUUUAGUAAAAUAAGAAAACCUGACCGCUUGGCCUAGAAGCACACAUAGCCUACUACUAUCUAGACAGGGUCAGGGCAGCUGAUGCAUUGAAUGAUCUGUGAUGCCACUUGCUGUGUGGAUUUGUGUUUUCAGUGUCAGUUUCGAGAUAGAUUUAAGACUUGAGUUUUGAUAUCAGGCAGGCUUCCAUGACCAUAUAUUUGGUCUAAUUGACAGUAUUCUCCCACAGCGUUCAUUUGCAUCUAUUAGGCCUACUAAAAUAUUUUACCAAACCAAAUCUUUGGCUGUAGGCUGUUGUUCUGUUUUCACUAAAUGAAUUCAGUUCAAAUGACAAUUUACGCAUCACAACAACAUAGGGCGGCUAUGUGGUCCACUCAGCACUACGCCUGCCUGCCUGUACUGCUGCAUUCAGGAGCACAUGGUUGUUCACAUGGUCCUCCUCCUCUGUUGCUGCCGAUGAUGCGCAAGUACAGUCCCGCAUAGCUAGCACGCAGAGUAGACGCUCCUCCAGUCCAUUCAUCAAAAUUGACUCCUGGCUGGCUGCAUUCCGUCGUGUGCGUGGAUUAAAAGAGGACUGUCUCGAUAGUAUGCGUGCUUUUACUCGGAAGGAUUAGAUUUAUUCUUGGGUGAAGACAGCGAAGGCAGAGACAUUAGUGAGGACGCGCAGGCUUGGAUUUAGAAAGGAGUGCGUCCAUCGAUUGAUGCUGCUGUGCAGACUGCAAGACAUCCAUACUGCUGCAAAAGCCAACAAAUUGCUUCCAGAAGACACACACCGUAGGUCUACGGGUCCAUAGCACCAGGACGCCGCAGUGUGACAGGGGAAGCACGGCAAAGGGCUUCAGAGUUGGACAAGAUAGGUAGGCGCAAUUGCAUAGGCUGGAUCAAGGACGUUCAAAAGGGCAUAACUAUCUCUACAACAUUGCAGAUACGUCGUUUGACUAUCUUAGAGCUUGGAUAGACCAAAUCUAUGGUGAAACGUCGAAAGUCUCAUCACCUCCCCUUGAGUGACUGACGCAGCUGCUUAGCUGGAUAGAAAUAGCCCCAACAGUCUGAAUGGCGAUAGUAGCGGACCGAGGGUGUUGUUGGAGCGGAGCGCUAUCCGAGUCUUUACCUCGUAAAGGAAACCUUAAAUGACACGGAUGAGAAUAGUUACGCCAAUGUAAGAUGGAGGAUAGUUUUGAUUGCGACUGUGGUGAGCUUGAGCCACCCGAUCACUGAGGGAAAGAGAACCUAAAUCAGCUGCCAGUUUAGCUUUCAGGUGUUUGGCUUGAAUUUAUUUUAAAAAAAAAACAAAAAAAAGAAAAACACAAAAAAAGGAACAAAAAAAUACUAUUAAUUAUUUGUAGUGCUACUAAUAUUCAACAAUGCUGCUCAGGACCAGUCAUACACUGAAUGUAUCUGCACUGUGAGGAGGAUGGUAUUAGAUAUUUAAGUAAUACAGCUUUUCUUUUGAUGCCUUUUUAACUGGCCUCAACUAUCCAUUCCAUUAUUGUGUCACACAUCCCCUAUUAAGGCAACAUUUCCCUAACAGAAACAGUGAUAUGAUUUCACUGUAUGAUGACAUAUCAAAGAGUUCACUUUUCCAUAAACUGAGGGCUAGGAAGGGGGCAGAGAGGUCCUGUGGGGCUCGUUGUUGAAGUAAGAUAAGCCAGACUUGGGACAUUUCAAUAUUAACUGAGGAAAGGCGUUAACAAAAUUUCACAUUGGCCUGCAUUAGGAAAAAAAAUCCAACACAUCACUACCGUUAAAGAGGUGCAGAAGUAGAUAGAGAGUGGUCUCGUAGGAGAAGAGAAGGCCAGUACUACCACCAAACAUGGCGGAGAAGUUUGAGAGCCUGAUGAACAUUCACGGCUUCGACCUGGGGCCCCGCUACAUGGACCUGAAGCCACUGGGCUACGGCGGCAACGGCCUGGUAUUCUCGGCCGUGGACACGGACUGCGACAAGCGCGUGGCGGUCAAGAAGAUCGUGCUGACCGACCCUCAGAGCGUCAAGCACGCGCUGCGCGAGAUCAAGAUCAUCCGGCGGCUGGACCACGACAACAUCGUCAAGGUCUUCGAAACGCUGGGGCCCAGCGGGCGGCGGCUGACCGAGGACGUCAGCUCGCUGACUGAAGUCAACUCCGUCUACAUCGUGCAGGAGUACAUGGAGACGGACCUGUGCAAGGUGCUGGAGCAGGGCUUGCUGUCGGAGGGCCACGCGCGCCUCUUCAUGUACCAGCUGCUGAGGGGCCUCAAGUACAUCCACUCGGCCAACGUGCUGCACCGCGACCUCAAACCCGCCAACCUCUUCGUCAACACCGAGGACCUGGUGCUCAAGAUCGGAGACUUUGGCCUCGCACGCAUCAUGGACCCUCACUACUCCCACAAGGGCCACCUCUCGGAGGGACUGGUGACCAAAUGGUACCGGUCUCCGCGCCUGCUGCUGUCCCCCAACAACUACACCAAAGCCAUCGACAUGUGGGCCGCCGGAUGCAUAUUCGCCGAGAUGCUGACGGGGAAGACCCUGUUUGCAGGUGCCCACGAGCUGGAGCAGAUGCAGCUGAUCCUGCAGUCCAUCCCCGUGGUGCACGAGGAAGACCGCCAGGAGCUGCAGAGCGUCAUCCCCGUCUUCAUCAAGAGCGACAUGUCCGAGCCACAGACCCCGCUCGCCAAGCUGCUGCCCGGCGUCAGCGCCGAAGCCCUAGAUUUCCUGGAGAAGAUCUUGACUUUCAACCCCAUGGAUCGCUUGACGGCAGAGGAGGCCUUAGCCCACCCCUACAUGAGCGACUACUCCUUCCCCCUGGAUGAGCCCAUCUCCAGCCACCCCUUCCACAUCGAGGACGAGGUGGACGACAUCCUCCUGAUGGACCAGAGCCACAGCCACGUCUACAACUGGGACAGGUACCAUGACAGCCAGUUCUCCGACCAAGACUGGCACUUGCACAGCACCCACGAGGCGGAGGAGGUGCAGCGCGACCCGCGCGCCAUGUCGGACGUCACGGACGAGGAGGAGGUGCAGGUGGACCCGCGCAAGUACCUGGACGGCGACCGCGAGAAGUUCCUGGACCACGACUCGCCCUCCUUCGACUCCUGGCAGCACGAGGACCACCACAACCACCAUGAGAACAAGUACUGCGACCUGGAGUGCGGACACACCUGCAACUACAAGGCCGUCUCGCCCUCGUACCUGGACAACCUGAUCUGGCGCGAGAGCGAGGUCAACCACUACUACGAGCCCAAGCUCAUCAUCGACCUCUCCAACUGGAAAGAGCAGCAGAGCAAGGAGAAGGCUGCCAGCGCCGCCAGCACCGCAGCCAACGCCACCGCCAACGACAAGAAGGGCAAGACCAAGUGUGAGAAGAACGGCCUCGUCAAGGCCCAGAUCGCCCUCCAGGAGGCCACACACAACCAGGCCCCCGAGAAGGACAGUGAGCAGGAGAAAGACCUUAACCACCAGCAACAACAGCAGCAGCAGCAGCAGACACAGCAGACGCAGGACCACCACCAGGGCUUCGACUUUGACUCCUUCAUCGCAGGCACCAUCAAGCUGAGCCUGCAGCCCGAGCCCUGCAGCGAGGUGGGCCUGCUGAAUGAACUUAACAGCUCGGUGUCGGCACUGGAGGGCCUGCGCGGCUCCAUGUCCAAGUCCAUCAGCCAGGAGAAGGAGGAGAAGUGCCUGGUGAACCUGGCUCAACUCGGGGGCCGGGGGCCACCCAACCCCUGGGAGAGCUUCGGCGUGUAUGCGUCAGCGGGCGAGGAGAGCUGCCUGAUAGACGAGGCGUGCUGGGACGUGCGCAAGGACGACCACCUCCAGCAGCUCCAGAGCACGGCCUACACCAGCUACCUGGACCGGCUGUUCAGCAAGCGCGAGGAGGCGGCCGAAGUGGUGCCGGGGGUGGCCGUGUUGGAACCCGAGCCCGAAGUAGUGGUGGUGGGCACGGGGGCAAUGGAGGAGCGCUUCCUGGCACGCAACGGGGAGCUGGUCCUCAACAUGCAGCUGGAGUCGCUCACCCUGCCCGGCUUCGACGGCGCCACCGACUUGCCUCUCAAAUCCAUCCAGGCCUCGUUAACCCCCUCCGCGGUCAAAUGCUCCCCCCAAAUUGCCCAUAAGACAUACAGCAGCAUUUUUAAACAUCUGAAUUAAAAACGAAAGAAGUCCCAGUUGCAGCAAUUUUAGACUACUUCCUGCAUUUGUUUCCCUUUUUUUAAGUAGUACAUUGUUUUUUACUUGAAUCAUUUCAUACCAUUUUUAUUUUAAAGUAUGGUUUCUUUUUAUUUGACUUUUCAAGUUACUAGUUCUGUUCAACGAGGCGACCUCUGACAACGACAUAAAGGUCCUGUAGCAGCCUGAACCAUCCUAUAAGGCCCUCUCAAGUGUAUGAUCAUGCUUAUUUUCCAUUUUUUUAAUUUUUGUUUUAACUGGCAUGUCAUUUGCACAAGGCGUACUGUAGAUGCAUGUGGAAGUAAGAGUGCAUGGGGUUGUGACCAGACAAGAAGGAGGGAGAGUGUUGGAGGGAAGAAGCACAGAAAGUGAUGAGUUGCAGGCAGGAUGAUGAGGAAAAUGCACUAAAAAAAGAACAUGGGAGACGUAGAGGUUGACAUCACUACCCGUGAGUUAAGUCUAAUGAAGUGACUUUCCUAAGGGGUAGUGGGGUCAUUUUUCCAGCUUGUGUCUAUUUCCAUUCUUUUUUUCUAUCUAGGUCUAAGUUAUUUAUGUAUUUUUCCCAGAAUCUUCAAGAAAUUAUUUCAUGAAUAUUACCAUUUAUUGGACAUAUGAUGCCAGCAGCAGCAAUCCAUUAAAUGUAGAACUUUGUAAAUGUGUUAUCUACCUCAAGGUAACAGCAGAGAGCAAGACACUCAGAGCCACACUAGUGCUUUACUCGUGUUCAUCCUGAUAACCGUUCAGUGAGCAGUGACUUUCUUUUUUUACAUUUAGCAUUUGCCAUAGUGAAGUGUUAAGAUCAUUAUUUAUUUUUUGCAGAUGUGAGAUAUUUAUUUUGAAAGGAAAAAAAAACGUGAAUUCAAUGUGACUGUUGGAAACAUUGGACAUUGGACUUCCAUUUUCCUUUUUUGGCAGGAUGGUAUGUUUGUUUAUUUUUAAUUGUAAGGAUGCAGAUUCAUCCACCUCCUCUGUCAUAUGGAGAUGCGUUCCAUAUUCCAUCUUUUGUCUCCUUAAGGAUUUUUUUUUUUAGUUUUUAUGUUUUUGUUUUGUUUUUAUGUUUUUUUUUUUGGGUUUUUUUUUAAGAUGUGUGGUCAGUGAGAGGAAUAUAUGGGUUUUGGUUGUUUCCUCCAGUUGCACCUAAAAGUCUUAAUUUUCUUUCUCUUUCUUUUCUAAAUGUGCGUGUGUGUGUGUGUUUAUAUGUGUGCGUGUGUAAGUAUAUAUCUGUAAAAUGUAUAUAACACACACAUGACACACAUUCAUACACACUGCUAUAUAUAAAUGUAUUGUUUAAAUCAUGUGCAUGGAAGAAACCAAGAGAAGGUACAUUAAAAACGAAGUUAACGGUGAAGUAUAUUGUACAUCAUUAAUUUGAUUUUAAUUGUAUGUUUUUACGAAAAAAGUUUAUAUAUUUUUUUCCAAGCAAAAGCAUGAGUAAAAAAUUAGGUUAAGGUGUAGCAUGUAGAAACAUUUUGCCUUUAAAACUGGUACUCAGAUUUUAUCAUCGGUUCCCCUGUUGUAAAAAAGUCAUUAAUAAAAAUUGCCAGAAAAUA